AACCUCGUGCUACUUAUUCGUAUCUUUAUAAGCUAUUGUUUGAACGUGCCCAGCGCGGCUGUCCAUCACAUAAACAUUCGACUGAGGCUCGUCCAGCGAAUAACAAUGCCAGCAACACCGCUACAGCGCUAUACAGCACUGCAAGUGAUCGGAAAGUGUGCACAAGUUUUAGCGAAGAGAUUUAAAGCGCCGCCGGUGACAUCUGGUUUCGUCUGCUGACGUCAAUCGCAAUUCAAGACGAUGGCAGACUACGUUUUUUAUACAUAAAGCUUUGAUGAACUUGUGCUCCAGAGAGAUUACUCCUAUUUUUGUUUGAUAUCAAUUGACAGCCAAUGGCAAGUGUCUUACUGCGAAACGCAGCACGUGUAAGAUUACAUGGACAGCUGAAGGAUAUUCGGAUAGCUACGAGGACAAGCGUUGAGAGGUCUAUCAUGACAAGCCGGGCGAGACUCGAAAAGGUUUUGCAGGAGCUGGAGAAAAAUCCUUAUUAUGAUAAGUACGCACAGAAAAUCGCGAAGCUGCAGCAAACUAGUCCGGAUGAGUUUUUGCAACGCGUUGAGCAGCAGGAGACGAAAGUUCGCGAGAAGAAAGAGAAACGUGAGAAAGCUGCUAAGUUCUGUCAAACUGAGGCAAAGCCAGGUUUGGAAUCCAGUGCGCAGGCAAAAGAACAGCGAUUAGAUAGCGUAAUGAAAAUUGAUUUGAUAAAAGAUAAGUCAAAGGAAGAAAUCAUAGAAAUAUGGAACGAGUAUCACAAGCAGAAGGACUGCAUCUGUGGAACUAUGACGCCUGAGCAGUAUGAUAAAAUGUUUACACGCGGCAAACAAUAUUCUACCUUCCUCUUGCCAUUACCGAGAGAGCAAGGUUAUGAAUUUAUAAUGUGUCAAUUCUAUGGAUCAGAAGUACACAUGACACCUCUUUUGUGGUAUCAGACGCAUAAAGAGAACGCGCCUGAGUGUUUAACUAUGAUACAUUACACCGAAUUGAAAGAUGAUAAAAAUGUUGUACUCAUGCGCGGAGAAUUUGACACAAAAUUGUUACAAGUACAUGAAGCACAAUGUCUAGCUAAUGAAUUACAGUUGUAUUACUGCAAUGAUAACAAACAAAGAUUGCAAUUGCUUGAAACAUUCACUCAGAAACCUAAUGAAUUUAAACACAUGGAUCUUAUAGCUCAGUUAGAAACAAUAUCUCUAGAAUCUUGAAGAAAAAUUAAAAACUGUUGUAAUAUAUUCAUUGUUCUUGAAUAUAUUCAUUAUAU